AUGACGAUCAAGGACUACUUUCGCCGUCGCUCCAUUAAAGCCGAUGUUGCGCAGCGCACAAAGGCCUCGGAGCUGACGCUGCGCCAGUCCCUCUUCCCGCUGUGUCUCGUCACGGCCCUCUUCUUUCUCUGGGGCUUCAGCUACGGCCUGCUCGACACGCUCAACGCCCACUUCCAGCGCGUCCUGCACUUUACGCCCUCGCGGUCCUCUGGUCUCCAGGCCGCGUACUUUGGAGCCUACCCUCUCGCAUCCAUCGGCCACGCCGCUUGGAUCCUCCGCCACUACGGCUACCGCGCCGUCUUCAUCUGGGGCCUCUGCCUCUACGCCAUCGGCGCCCUCUGCACCAUUGCCGCCCUCAAGGCCAAGUCUUUCGGCGGCUUCUGCGCCUGCAUCUUCAUCAUUGGCAACGGUCUCGGCUCCCUCGAGACGGCCGCCAACCCGUACAUUACAGUAUGCGGUCCCCCUCGAUACGCGGAGCUGCGCAUCAAUCUCUCGCAGGCCUUCAACGGCAUCGGCUCCGUUGUCGCGCCCGUCAUGGCGUCCAAAGUCUUCUUCGCCUUUAGCGACCAAAAGGCCCAGGACAAUGUCCAAUGGGUCUACCUGGCCAUUGCCGUUUUUGUCUGUAUCCUCGCCGUCAUCUUCUUCUUUGCCGACAUUCCCGAAGUAACCGACGCCGACAUGGCAUUCCAAGCCGAGGAGACCAACACGCAAGGUGCCGACAAGCCCUUUCGGAAGCAGUACAAGCUCUUCCACGCCGCCUUUGCUCAGUUUUGCUACACAGGCGCGCAGGUUGCCAUUGCCGGCUACUUUAUCAACUACGCCCGCGACACGCGCCCAGGCACAUCGCGCAGCCUCGCUGCCAACCUGCUCGCCGGUGCGCAGGCCGUAUUUGCCGUCGGCCGUUUCGUCGGCGUCGGCAUUAUGCGGUACGUGCGUCCGCGUAUCGUCUUUGGCUGCUUUCUUACCUGCUGCAUCGUCUUUUCCAUUCCCGCCAUCACGGGUCGCGGCGAUGCGGGCAUUGCCAUGCUCUAUGUCAUUCUCUUCUUUGAGAGCGUCUGCUUCCCGACCAUUGUAGCCCUCGGCAUGCGCGGUCUCGGCCGCCACACCAAGCGCGGCAGCGGAUACAUAAUCGCGGGCGUCGUCGGCGGCGCCUGUGUACCUCCGCUUAUGGGCAAGGUCAUUGACCUGCACGGCGCGGGCACCGCCAUGGUCGUGCCUUUGGCUUUCUUUGUGGUUGCAUGGACGUAUGCCCUCUGCGUCAACUUCGCGCCCCCCUACAAGAGGGUCAUUGACUCGUUUAAUGAGACCGAGGUCGGCAUUGAAAUGGCCGGCGAGCAUCAAGAGAACCAGAUCAAGUCAAAGACUAAGACCAUGUAA